AUGAAAGCUAGUCUCGCACUCUCCACCGCACUCGCAACCACUGCGUCUGCCGCCCGACAAUCUUUCAAAUCCCUCAGCGCGUCCGAUCGAACCUUGUUAGACGAACAACUGGACAAGUGGAAGGCGUCGUAUGGCCCCAUUGCCGAGGCCAACGGCUUCUUCCCCCAAACGGACACGGCAUCCGCCCGAGUCAAUGGCCAUACUAUCGAUGAACUCGAGCGCUUCCACCACACCGUCCAAGACGUGGAGCUCGCUUCCAAAGCCAACCCGGGCGCCGAGUUCAGUCCAUUCAAUCAGUUUGCUCUCUUGACCGACGAAGAGUUCAAGGGUAUGUUGGUGAAGUCGUUUGCGGGACAAAACUUCACCAAAGCCGCGCCCUUGCCAGAGUUGAAAAAUGAACGCGCUUCUAAAAAGGACUGGUCGACAUCCAAGUGCAACUCCCCGAUUACCAACCAAGGCCAGUGUGGGUCGUGCUGGGCCUUCGCCACCAUCGGGACGGCGGAGUAUGCCCACUGCAUUGCCACUGGCGAACUCUUGGACUUGUCUGAGCAACAAUUGGUCAGCUGCUUCACGAACGGAGUCAACCGGGGCUGUGAUGGCGGGAGCACUGAGGAAGGCCUUGACUGGGUGCAACAAGGCGUGUGCACAGAACAGUCUUACCCGUACACGUCGGGUAAGGGCCAAACUGGUGCCUGCCAAGCCAGCUGCACCAAGAAAAAACUGAGCAUUGGCCAAACCAAGACUACAUCUGGCGAGAGCUCGCUCUUGACAGUCCUGGAAAGCCAGCCCGCCGCCGUGUUCGUCGAAUCUGCCAACGCAGUGUGGCGCAACUACAAGGGUGGCAUCGUGUCUCAAUGUCCUGGGGCUGAAUCCAACCACGCUGUGGUUGUCGUCGGUUACUCGGACAAUUACUUCAAAAUCAAAAACUCGUGGGGGUCGCAAUGGGGCGACAAAGGGUACAUAUACUUGAAGCGAGGGCUGAGUGGCAAGGGAGUGUGCAAUAUGGCCGAGACGAUCUCAUAUCCUGAAUUGAUCGGAUCGUCACUGACUCCUUCAUCUAACCCCACCCCUUCGUCCAGCCAGCAGCCUACUCAGUCAACCCGCAAACCUCCUUCGUCCGCCUCCAAGCCCUCAACUGGCGCCCCUACGAAUCCUUCGUCUAGAAAAUCCACGCAAUCCACUCACAGACAAUUCGCUACUUCAUUCGCCCUCUCACGCCCUCAACUGGCACCCCUAUGA